UGGGGUACCGAUAUAAUACAAAUUGGGAGCUUGCUUGUGAACGGCCGUGAUCAAGAGCCAUUUACCGAAACGGACGCUUACACCGCACCGCUUCCGCUAUGUAAUACUCCCGCAACCGGUGCCUAGCUCUCAACAUCAAAGUAUAGAGGACGCAGCUGAAAGGCAACUGGUUGGUUCCUUUCCAGCAGUUGAGCGGGUUAAGCAGCGCCUACUGGAUUGCGACAACUGGGGCAACCUCCAACAGUGAAUAGCUUUCCGAAAAUGUCGGAGGGAGUUUACGACAUCAAUUCCCGUUCAAAGCGCCACCUGAACGUCGGCACUAUUGGACACGUGGGCCAUGGCAAGACUACGCUGACUGCCGCUAUCACUAAGGUUCUGUCCGAGACGAACGGCACCAAGGCUGUCGGUUACGACGAGCUUGAUAAGACUCCUGAGGAGAAGGCUCGCGGUAUCAGCAUCCAUGCCACCCACGUUGAGUACCAGGCGGAGAACCGCCACUUCGCGCACGUGGACUGCCCAGGCCACGUCGAGUAUGUGAAUAACAUGAUUACCGGCGCGGCGCAGAUGGACGUCGCCAUCCUGGUGGUGUCCGCUGCGGACGGCCCCAUGCCUCAGACCCGCGAGCAUCUCCUGCUGGCCAGGCAGAUGGGUGUCCGCCACAUUGUGGUGUUUCUGAACAAGUGCGAUAUGGAAGAGGACGAGGGGAGCCAGGAGCUGGUGGAGCUGAAGUUGCGGGAGCUGCUCAUCUCGUGCAUGUUCCCCGGCGACGACAUCCCCAUUGUGCGCGGCUCCGCCCUCUGCGCCCUGAACGGCGAGCAGUCCGACACCGUGGGCAGGAGCGCCAUCCUGAAGCUCGUGCAGGCGUUGGAUGAGUACGUGGAGGAGCCUGAGCGCCUCACCGGCCUGCCCUUCCUGAUGCCCAUUGAGGAUGUCUACUCCAUUGCCGGCAGCGGUACCGUCGUUAUUGGCCGCAUCAAGCGGGGUGUGGUGAAGCCCGGUGAUGAAGUGGAGAUCAUUGGCCUGAGAGACACCAUCAAGAGCACCGUCACCAGUGUUGAGAUGUUCAAGCAGAGCCUAAGCGAGGGCCAGGCGGGUGACUACGUGGGUCUGCUGAUCGAUGGCGUUAAGCGUGAGGACGUGUCGCGAGGACAAGCGGUGUGCAAGGCGGGCAGCAUGCAGCCCUUCAAGCAAUUCGAUGGGGAGUUCUACGCGCUGUCCAAGGAGGAGGGCGGCCGCCACAAACCCUUCGGCAAAAAGUACAAGCCGCAGUUCAUCAUCGGCACCGCUGGCGUCUCGGGCCAUAUCGUCCUGCCCGAGAGUACUGAAAUGGUGAUGCCCGGCGACAACUUCACUGCCAGGGUCGAGCUGCUGGCGCCCGUGGCCAUGCAGGAGAACAUGUACGUCGCCGUCCGCGACUCAGACAAGACGGUAGCCGUGGGCGUGAUCAACAAGGUGCACGCAUGAAGAAGCGUGCUGAAAAACGAAGCUGGGCAAGGUUAGGAGUAGCGGCUCGGACGCAUGGACGAGUUGUCGAGGCCAAUGAAUGGUGGCAAGUAGUGCAUAUUAGUGGAUCUGCCGUGUAACGGUGCAUACGGUUGCCUCAUUGAGAUGGCAUCGAUGACGAGGAUUGAGUAAACCUUUGGCGGAGUGCGGGUGGCUGCAGGCAAGAACAAGUAUACCGAAAUGAAGGACAGCGUCAAGGAGGACCAUCCGUAGGGUACCUGUUUGUUCCAGCUAUUGUAACACUUAACUGGCAG